CCCCUUCAGUUUGGUAUCGUCCACUUAGCGGACAACAAACAUGGCAGCCACCAUAGGAACAAAAUUGCCCAUCUUCAGGAGGUUUUCGCAAAUGUUGUUCGCUAGCUUUGGUUCUGUCGGCAGUAAGAGAUGCUGGCACGGUUUUUUAAGCCCAUUCACCUGCUCUUCAUGUCAACAAAAUCGUCUGUUCCGAACAAGCAAUGGUCCCUUGAGACACGGAGAUUUCGAGUAUCAAGACCCAAAGUCGGAGGAUGAGAUAGUCAACAUUACCUAUGUUACAAAAGAUGGAGAAAGAAUCCCGAUUCGGGGGAAGAUCGGAGACAAUGUCAUGUACCUGGCACAUAGAUAUGAUAUCCCCAUUGAAGGAGCGUGUGAGGCCUCCCUUGCCUGUUGCACCUGUCAUGUUUACGUACAUGAUGACUACUCAGACAGGAUUCAGGAGCCUACAGAAGAGGAAGAGGACAUGUUGGACAUGGCACCAUUUUUACGUGAGAGUUCCAGACUCAGUUGUCAGAUUGUUCUGAGUAAGGAGCUAGACGGGAUAGAAGUCACCCUACCUCAGGCCACCAGGAACUUCUAUGUGGACGGUCAUGUACCUGAACCUCACUAGUAUCUGUAGUAGGAACUACUGACUGAGACUGUUCUGUUAGCUCCGCCCAUGAGGUGUCGCCAAAAAAUAAAUGUCAUGAAUGAACAAACAUGCCCUGCUGAUUCAUAUCAGAGUAGUACAAAAUGUAAUCAUCACAGUGCAAAGUUUACCAAAGUGAUUAUACUGUUUUAGUAGGAAUGCGCAACUAUUUUUGUUGUUCUACAUCAUGUGAUGAAUAAAUGUACAAUUUGUC